AUGCCUCAAAAACACAUCACCAUACUCGGCGCAGGCAUCACAGGCCUCACCACAGCACUCAAGCUCAACAGCGACCCCUCAGCCCAAUACCACAUCACCUUGAUCGCCUCCCACUAUCCCGGCGACGAGUCUAUAGACUAUACCUCUCCAAAGGCAGGAGCAGACUGGUCACCGCAAGCCACGUCCUCUCCAGCCGAUGCCGAGAUGCGAGAAUAUGACAAAAAUGUGGUUAAGGAUUUUGCAGUCCUGGAUCUUGAGAAGGAGGACGCUGCUCCUGAAGGUGCGGUCAUGGGCGUUAGGUGCCAGACUAUCUGUCUCGAUGUCCCGCAGCACCUUCAAUAUCUGUUGGAGAAGGUUCGCGAGGCUGGUGUCAACGUCAUUCGAUCCGUGGUGGAUGUCUCCCAUGGUCUUGAAGGGGUAGUCCAGGAUGCGAAACGGAUUGCCAUGGAGAGCACUUAUGCAGUUCAAGAUUCCGAUGUUUUUGCGUUGGUAAAUUGCACUGGUCUCGGAGCAAGGCAUUUUGUUGGGGAAGAAGAAGCAGCGAAACUGUUUCCUAUCCGUGGACAAACGAUCACAGUGAAAGGAGAAGCCGCGAUGGAUCGCACGUACGAUGAUUUCCCCCCUAUAUCCUCAUCCAUCGACGAUGAAAAUGAACUCACGUACGUCAUUCCACGUCCAGGAUCUGGCACGACGAUUUUCGGUGGUUGCAAGCAAGUAGGGAAUUGGGAUCCUAAAGUCGACGAGGAGUUAAACGGGAGAAUGGUGGAGAGGAUCAAGAAGUGGAGAUUGGCAGAGGAGCUGAGGACGGGCAAGGAAGGGGAUUUCGAAGUUGUGAGUUCUCAGGUGGGUCUGAGACCGGGGAGGAAAGGGGGUCCGAGAGUGGAAAUUGAGGGGAAGGAGAAGGUCGAUGGAGUUUGGGUUGUUCAUUCUUAUGGACAUGCUGGGGCAGGAUAUCAAAGCAGUGUUGGCUGUUCUGAGAAGGUUGCUAAGAUUGUGAACGAACUUGCAAGAUUGUGAAAUUGUUGAUCAGACCUAUGUUCAGGAGCACUUUUGGAAAAGUUUGGAUGUUCGGAAGUCAUGAAAUGCGUGACAAGUCUUCGACAUCAAGGAGCAUUUACCCAGCUUCGAGAUCAUUGCUUCUUGUUCUACUUAAACGCAGUAUAAUCAAGUUAAGUCACGAGAGUCUGCUCCCUGAAUCCUCUGAGCCCAAGGUAUGGUCACGGGAGUCGAAUCAAUAGAACUGAUAGAGAGAAGAACGCUGAUCCCCACAUUCUAGAUUGGCGACUCACCGUCAAAUGUUCAUUAACUAAUAUCUCUAUCUCAUCCAAACACCACUACACUAAGGGUAUUAACUCGACUCA